AUGUAUGACAAAAAUCUGACACAGGUUCGCAGAAGAGCUGCGGUCUACAUUCACGAUAUCGCUUUGCGCAAUGAAACCAAGUUUGAGGACAUCAUAGUCUCCAUAGUGAGGUACCUCAAGGACUACGAGAACGAGUACUCCGACUGUAUGAAACAUCUGAACGACAACGAUACCCAGAAGAAGACUUGGACGUUCUGGAAUUCGAUGUUCUACGCUGGAACUAUCUUCACAACGAUAGAGGGAGAAGAGUCGCCCGGUCCAAGGGAAGGUGAUAUAGUAGAAGGCCCCGUGUUGUCGCCUCGCUCAGAGCCGGACGAUGAGUUUCAUGAAGCAGAAGCAGAUUUAAAUAAUGAUCGAGUCGAAGGCACUCGAAAUAGAUUGCGCCCCCUCCCCAGGGUCGAUUAUAAACGUUUUUUU